CGUCCAGUUUGUGUUGAGCGCGCGGUUUGUCAUGCCAGCAGUGGUUCUGCCGACCCGCCACUGUAUUGCGACAACGACGACGACGACGACAACAAAUAAUUCUGGUGCGACAACAGUGUCUUCUAAUACUGCUGCUGCUACUACGGUAUACUGGUUGCCUGUGGAUAAUUCGACUGUAAGUCGUUUUUGCUGUUAUUGCGGCAGCCGUUUACAGUUCGUUGCCGGUACUUCGGGUAGUUAUAAUUAUUACGAUACGUCGUGUUCGCCCCUAUCGUCGUCGCCGCCGCCGCCGUGUAGGGUCUGCCGGUGUGACGGUUCCUCCAUCGUGUUUUUAGUGCCGUAUGUGCUCGGCCCGUCGUGGUUCCGACCGAUCGUAUUGCCGCCCGCGUUUGUCGCCGCUGCCAAUCACCUCAGGCAUCAUCGAAGGAUACAGCUGUACAACACGGCCGUCACCAGUAUGGAGACUAGGUCAGUAUAUUCGGGUUUAGACGAAGCUGCUUACGCUAGUAUUAAAGAUUCUGUUAGAGAAUUGUGGAAUCUCAUCGGACUGAAGGGCACCGGUGGUAGUGCUCUGGGUGGUGCUAGCAGCGCAUUAGUAGGCACCAGUGGUAAUUUAGGCGCGGCAGCGGCCGCUGCUGUACUUGGCGGCGGUAGCAGUCGUGUGACGUCGUCUGGCGUUGAGCUUAGAGAGCUCAGGCGCCACAACUAUAAAGCUUCCGUGUCCGUGCUGUCCCAUUUGAACAAAGGCAACGCUGCGUCGCCCUACGUCAGUAUCGGAGCAGGACACAGACAGCGAACCAGAGCCCAUCGGGCCAUGAACAUGGGCCAGAAAAUAUCUAGUGGAGUUAAAACUGUUAGCCGCGAAAGUGCGCAACCAUACAAACCAGUAGUGCCAAGAGAACUGGCUCAAGAUUUCGCUCGUCCGGCCAGACUAGACAUAUUGUUAGACAUGCCACCGGCAUCCAAAGAAGUACAAGUCAAACACGCCUGGAACGCAGACGAUAGGUCUCUAAAUAUAUUUGUUAAGGAAGAAGAUAAAUUAACAUUCCAUAGGCAUCCUGUAGCUCAAAGCACAGAUUGCAUUAGAGGCAAGACUGGCUUAACCAAAGGUUUGCAUGUUUGGGAAGUUAACUGGUCGACUAGGCAGCGUGGAACACAUGCAGUAGUCGGUGUGGCGACGCAAGAUGCACCACUUCACUCGGUCGGUUACCAAAGCUUAGUGGGAAGCAAUGACCAAUCGUGGGGUUGGGAUUUAGGGCGUAACAAAUUAUACCAUGAUUCAAAAAGCUACGACGGCAUUACGUAUCCAGCUCUACUCAAGCCGGACGAAACGUUUAUUGUGCCCGAUAAAUUUUUAGUCGUUUUAGACAUGGACGAGGGUACAUUGUCCUUUGUUGUUGAUGGACAGUACUUAGGAGUUGCCUUUAGAGGCCUAAAAGGCCGGAAAUUAUUUCCAAUUGUUAGUGCUGUUUGGGGUCACUGCGAAAUUACGAUGAAAUAUAUUGGUGGUCUUGAUCCUGAACCUUUACCACUAAUGGACUUAUGUAGGCGAGUCAUUAGACAGCGAAUUGGCAAACAAUAUCUAGAAGAACGUGUCAUGGAUCUAAAUCUGCCCCAGUCAUUGAGCGUAUAUUUACUGUAUCGAGACAGGAGAUAACGGGUCCAAAGGCCAAGACCAAAUAUAUUGAUCUACAGAUCUCAAACGUUGAUCCAAUUGCUCCCUACUUAUAUCUGUCCUAGCCUUUAAAAUUGUAUGACCGCCCAUAUCUCCUCUACCUCAGGCCAGUAACAGCAACAUACGCCAAACUAGUCUCCCUACAGUCCAAACCCUUUUCAAUUAUCACCCUUUCCAUGUAUAUAAUACUCGAUGCAUACCCUUCCCCCCUUUUAAACUAUGCAACCACAAAACUAAGUAACGACUGAUGUAUCAAGUGUCAAGAUAGUUUUUUAAUAUAUUAAUUAAUUUAAGGUUUAGGAAAAAAUUAAAGAAAAUUUUUGUACAAAGUCCAAAAAAAAAAUGAAAAAGAAAAUGCCUUUGAGGUAUUAUAAAGAAAGAAAUUAAGCGCGCAAAUCAAUAUCGCAUAUUAUUUCCACCUUGUGAAUUAUAGUUUUUUAUAUUAUAUACAUUAAAUUUAGUUUCUAUUCUGGUUUACUUGUACUAUAUUAUUAUUCGCGCGUGUUAAGGACAAUGAAUUUUUUACCAAUUUUUGACAAAAUUGUAUAUAAAUACAAGUUACAUGUUUUCCUCGUCAUUGUUUUAUAUCACAAAUAAAAUAUUAUUUUGUAACAGAAAGAUCCUUGGUAUAUUAUAUUCCGAAACUGUUUUUGGUAUAAACAAAUCUAUAAUAAUUGUACUCAAUUUGUAUGAGAGUUGAAAAAUAGUUUUUCAUUUAUUAUUAUUAUUACUAUUAUUAUUAUUAUCAUUAUUAUUAUUAAUUUUUUUUUUUUUUUUUGUAGUUGUUAAAUAGAAAAGAUAAUAAAAAAAAUGUUAUUGUUUCUUAAGAUUUGCGCUCCCAAAAUUGUUUACUUGGACAUCUAUAUAACUGUGUUCUGUUGAUAAGAAAUGACGUAAUGAAAGACAUUUAAAAUAAUUAUUAUACAUAUAUAAAGAUAAAUGAAAAACAAUUGUACACUAAUAUUUAAUUUAUAUAUGAAACGUUUGUACAUAGUAAAAUACGUUUUGUUUUAUUUUUAUUAUUAUUUUUCAACGAUAUAUUUGUUGAUUGACAGCAAAUUUCGUUUUGUGAUAGAUACGACUUUAAGUACAUACUAUAUAUGUAUAUAAUAUAUAAUUUUUUAAAAUUUCAAUUUCUGAAAACAAAUUGAUUCAUUUGUAAAUACUUUUACCUUUUGUUUUUAACAGUUUGAAGUAUUAUGAGACAAUAUUUAAAUAUAAAACAAUCUUUUCUAUGAAAAAUAGUUUGCAUUACAAUAUUGUUACCAAUACUAAUUAAAUACAGAUACCACACAAUGUUCUUAUUCUUAUGGGUAAACACAUUUAUUUGGGCACAUGAAUUAGUUUAAAUUUGUACGUGUUUGUUUAGCCAGUUGGCCAUUUUUUAGUGUUGAUUUUCAGUGGUUCUUGUCCUUUUUUUUUUUUUUUUUUU